CAGACCACCAUGGUCUGUCAGCAGGUCACGAGCCUCGACGGCUUGCCAGCCACACCCAUCGAUGCACCUGUGCAAACGUAUCAUCCGAUGCGCCACUAUCUCCACUGCGUUCGCCAGACCAUCGAUGUCGUCCAGGAGCCCGCUGCUCAUGAGCACAACAUGGAUGGGGCACUGGCCACGCUGCGACUGCCGGACCAGCCGCAGUCAUCGAGGGUCAAAGUGUACGACGACCGCAUCGUGCUUUCGCUUGUGAUGGAUGCGCCUCUGGCCGCCUACAUCGUCACACGCGUCUCCUAUCGCCUCAACAAUGCCAAUGCCAUUCCGAGCAGCCACAGCUAUGAGCGGGCUCUGGUCCAUGGCCCUGUCACCAUGACGAUUGUGCAGGAGCUUCGCGGGGACGGGACCCAGACGGUGCCUCAGAUUCUCGAGACACUCCAUGCCAUGCGCACCAGCCUCGCCAUCCGCGACUGCUUUGGUCACACCAUGGCCGUCCGUGUCGCCGACGGUGAUGUGGAGCUGGCCGAGCUGCGCGACCUGGGCAUGUCAUCGACAUUUGCCUCGCUGCGCCGCGCCAUGAUUGUCGCCUUUGCCGAUCAGAUGGCCCACGUGCAGCGCAUCAAGCUUGCCGAGACCGACGCCAUCUCCCAGGAUGAUCGCCGGGCUAAUCGCCAAGCUGCAGGUAGGCUGUCGGGCCGCGCGCGCUGCUUGUCAUCAACGCUGGAUGCCCUGGUGGCCAAUGCCGUGCCCAGGCUCGUUGUCGCACGCUUGCCACGAGCCCUCUGGCUGGUCAAGAAGCUUUGGGACGGCGACGACGACAGCCAAGCACCCGGUCCUCAGGUCGAUGCCACCAGAUUCGACGAGACGGACAUCAGUGUCCGCGCAGGCCAGAUUGCCUCGCUGAUCCCCGUGGACGCGGGCUGCUCGACGGGCGUACGCGCAAAGCUGCUGGCCAUGCUGCACGACUUUGACAACGCGAACCGCACGCACCUUCAGCCUCGCCAGCUGAAGCAGGAAGUGCCGCUGCAGACACGGCUCAGCGACGUCGAUCGCACGCUGGGCCGCCGACCGUUUGCUCGCACUCUCGAGACGUAUGGCGACCGGCUCUACAGCCGCAGCUCAAAUACAGCGACGGCCAUCGAUGAGGCGCGCACGCAGUCGCAAGAAGUCAUGGAUGUGAUGCGCGUCUGCCACGCCAUCAUCCUCACCCAGCUCGAUGCGCCCUUUGAUUGUUUUGUGCGACAGACUGAUUUCUUUCCCGCUGGACCAUUCGCUGCCGGAGUGGCACCCACCUACUAUGCGGGACUCUGGAGCUGGACUCGGCUUGCUUCCUUUGCGGGGUCUAGCACCUUCUACUCGGCUCUGGCCGGCAUUGGCGGCUUCUACAUCGGCAUGGUCGUCCUGGUGGUGACGGCGAUGGUGGUCGAACAUGCCAUCGAUUCCAUCCACAGCAUGCGGGCCAGGCGCAAGCGCAUCGAGGUCGAUUACGACAAGGCCCUCACCUGUACACGUCAAGCCUUUCACCUCACCUCGCAGCCCUUUGACUCGAUUCGCGAGACGGCCAUUGCCGAGCGCCUGCAGGCGGACCUGAGUAUCGCCAACGAGGGAUACACGAUCCUCAAGUGGAAGAAUGCCAUCACUGCUGGCUUUGCAGGCCUGGGCGAUAAGAGCCCCAUUUCGCUGUACUUUUACACGAUUGGCGACUUCUGGGUAAAGUGGCUCUUUGAUGUCGCGCGCGUCAGUCAGCUGCGCACUGCGCUUGCCAGCCACGUUUACAUUGGCGUCGAAGGCCCCACCGAGGCAGGCAAGAGCGAGCUGCUGACGAUGCUCACCGGCGCACCGCCCGGCGUCUUUGCCUCGGGCAGCGACGAGGAGCACCGCACGACGGAGAUCCAGAGCUGGAUCUCGCCCAACCGGCGCGCCAUUUUUUGUGACUUUCCCGGCUCCGACGACCGCGACGGGGAGCUGCGCGAUGUUGCGCGCCUCUGUCGAGAGAUGCUCGACAUUGUCAUCUUCGUGGUGCCGUGCGCCGGUUCGCGCGCCGCAGGCCGCGUCCCGGUCCUGGACGAGAUCACCGCCUUCAUCCGCGCGCGCACGCUGGACCUGCGCCCCUUUGUCAUUCUCGUCAACAAGGUCGAUGCACUCGACUACCACCGCAGCAACCCCCAACGCUUCACCCGCAGCGUUGCAGAACGACGCGCUGACGUUGUGACGCAGCUGCAGGACAGGCUUGGUGUCGAUGUGGUCAUCCACAGCCACCGCGCGUCGACGGUCAACGUCGGCCCGCAUCCCACGCUGAUCCACAUUGGCCGUUCCUCGCUCGACGACGUCGUUCUCGCCUACUCGAGCCACGCACAGCGGUCGUACGACGAGCCCCGCGCCCUGUCCGACUGUCCGCCAGAGACAGACUUCCGGAUCCAGGAGGCCGCCAAGCAGCACCAUCUGUACACGCUGGCGCAAGCAGGCGCGGUGGCAGACGUCGAGUCGAUCCGCCAAUGGCUCCGGGCCCUCUCGCCUGGCUGCGUGCCCGAAGUGGGCCGCGGCCGUCAAUCCAAGGUGCUCCACGGGCCUUGAUCACACCCAUACCCUUAUCGGUCUUGUUUUGCUUCUGAUUCGUUGAUGAAAUGCUGUACAGUACAGCACAAUACAAUACAAUAU